GCCUGCGCAGGCGCAGACCUCGUGAGACGCGCUCUCGAGCCGCUGGGUGGCUGGCCGAGGCGCUUUCCCCCUCCCUCUCCUCACCCCUCCCCUUUUCCCCCGCCCGAGGGGAGGGGGAGCAGCGCCACCGCCGCUGCCGCCGCCGGAGGUGUUUUGCCGUUCUCAAGGCUGCGGCCUCCCUGAGGUGCCUCGAGGUCCUGCGUUGCCCCCGAGCGGCGACGGCGGUGGCGGGCAGAGGGGCGGCCGCGUCGCUCGGAAAAUGUCGCAGACAGCCAUGUCGGAGACGUACGGUAGGGAGGGGCUGGGCUGGCGGGGCUGGGUGGGUGGUACUCGGGCUCUGAGGUGAAGCGGGGCUGCGGGCGGCGGCUGUGCCUGUAGAGAUAGGGAAGGGAGGGGUUGUUUUCAGGGAGGUGGGCGCUCUCUUUCCGCACACGGCGCCCGCGGGCCCGCUUCGGACCUGCGGCGUGAUGCGGUGGAGACGGACAUGGCACAAGCGCGCGCGGCGUUAUUGCUUCUCUCGCCCCCGUUUAUGCAGAAUUCAUAGCAUUUGUUGCCUGCCCUUCCCCUGGGGGCCCAGGGCGGGGAACGGCCGCGCAGCAUUAAAAAUCAAAGAAAUCAAUGCAAGGACAGAGCCAGUAUUGCUUGUGGGUACGCACACCUUGCACAGGGGAGGCCCUUGCAGAUGUCUUCGCAUUCGCCCCUUCCCUCCUUGUUUUCGGUACCCAUGUGUAGACAAGGAGGAAUGGAGAAACCAGGUAGUAUAGUGGUGUUGCAUACAGGUCCUCGGCUUUUCGGCUGCAUGGAUCACUGGCUUUUUUCAAGAAAGGGCUGAAUUACGUGUGCUUUUUAAACAUACUGUAUAUCUUAACCUAGGCUAUUGUAAUUGGCACAUUAAAGCCCUUCGUAUAGUUUUCUUCUUUAUAUAACACUCACAGCAGCCCUGUUCGGUAGGCUAUCAUUUUUAUGUCUGUGCUAUUAUAGAUCAGCAGUUUCUAACCAUUUUCUAACCUGAUACCCACAUUAGGCCAAGCAUGCAUUUUGGAACCCAUUUCUUAAAUUUCUACCAUACCUUUUUCAAGGGGUGCUGUCAUGACUUGUAUUAGGCCAGACUGUGAGGCAAUAGUGAGCCAUGUAUGGUGCUGUAUGUAGGGCUGCUUCUGAGAGGUAAUGGUUUUUGCUAUGGGGAAAGUAACAUUAGUGGGAGAUUUUCUUCUGUGUGGAUAGCAACUGGAAUAAAUAAACAGAAAAACUAGGAAUUUCAUGGGAAACAUUAAGCAUUGUUACUGAACUAAUAACAUCUGCUUGCACCCAGAUUUUGAAAAGAGAAAGAAGGCCUAUCCUAUGUGACAAAUCUAGAUUAAAUGCUCUAAAAGCAGUGUUUUUUACUUGGGGACAAAAGCUGGAGCCAAGGCAGCAUAUGCUCUCUUAUCUCAAGACUGCAGUCAGUCUACUCUGUUGAUAAAUGAUCACAGUUCUCAAUCUUUGUCAGUGAUUAGCUUAUGCUUCACUACAUGCUUAAACAUAGUGGUGCUCCAUAUUUGUUGUAUGAUGUAUACCAGGCAUAGGCAAACUCAGCCCUCUAGAUGUUUUGAGACUACAGUUCCCAUUCAUCCCUGACCACUGGUCCUGUUAGCUAGGGAUCAUGGGAGUUGUAGUCCCAAAACAUCUGGAGGGCUGAGUUUGCCUAUGCCUGAUGCAUACAAUUUCAUUUACAAAGACACUCAAGAGGUAUUUUGGACUACAGCUCCCAACAACCCCAACAGUGCUAGCUGGAGCUGGUGGGAAUUUAUGUGUCGAGCUCCAGAUUGUAGACGCCAGCGCAUGCUAUUCAGCCUGAAAAAAAUGAAGAAAAUUAUACCAGGGCCAAGUGAAUAAUUGCUGCAUGUUUAUAAAGGAGCAAGUAAUGUACAUAUUUCUACAAAUCUGGAAAAUGGGUUAAAUAAUGCAAAACUAGGAGAGUUAACCGCUGUAGUUUAUGAGAAACUCUAUGCUACAAGAAAUCAUACUACAGGUGUGUGAGUAAGCCAGUGAGCAAGUGAAAAAACAAGGGUAGGCAAAGUAAUACCAUUUUCAUCUAUAAAGACACCAAGUUCAGGGAGCUCUCUUGAGUUAGCACCCACAUACUGGUUGCAUCCCCCUUACUGAACGCAAGCUGUAGUGUAUGCUAGCAACAUAGCAGCAGAUGGUCCCUGGUCAUGCUAUCAAGAGCAUGUAUGGUUUUAGCUAGAAGGCUUACUCUACUCUUCUGCUACACAUCGUAGUUAAACUUCCUGAUUAGCAGCACCUUUGUUUUAAUUGAGGAACUUGUUUCUUUCUAGUAGCUGCUGGGACUCAGUUUGUUUGCACUUCUACUGUUGGUGCUUUUUUUCGCUUGAAUCAAACCCAUUUUCUUAAAAUAAAGUGAAAAAUUCUGGUUGUUGUAUACCAAACCAUUAUCUUUUGGCAGUAUCCCAUAAACAUCAUUAUGUAUUGAACGAUGACUUGAAGAGCUUCUGGGAAGAAACUUAGGGCAGCAUAAAAGAAGAGGCAGAGAUGCAGGAAGAGUAUACUCCAUUUUGAGCCUCCAUGAUUUGGAAUAUCUCAGGCAUAAUAACUUGUUUUCUGGGCUUCACUAUCCUGCAAUUAAAAAUAUAUAUUUUACUUACCCUUUCUUUGAGACUUUUUGUUGAGAUCUUCCUGCCCUAAUUUCCCUGAUGAGAUUACUAAAUUGUUAGUUUCUUUCGUAUUUUUUGCAUAGUAAUUGCCUUUGUUUUUCCUUUUAAAAUAUUCCAGGCAGAAAACAUUUUUGUAGGUGCAUAGGAAUAAAAGCAGUAAUACACCUAUGCCAAAUAAAGAAAAUCUGUGAAAGAAUACUGCAGGAGAUGAAGUACUGUACUACAUUCCUUUUUAGAUGCCAUUCUUGUUUGCUGAUCCAUAGUACAUGCACAAAAGAUAGAUUUUUCAGUUUAUAUCUACCAUCACAUCUAGUCUAAUUCUAUCAUUAUUAGGGGAAUUGUUAUAUUGCCCACAGAGUGGAAUAUUUUUGAGAAUUACUAAAUAGAUAGACGCGGGUGGCGCUGUGGGUUAAACCACAGAGCCUAGGACUUGCCGAUCAGAAAGUCGGUGGUUCGAAUCCCCACAACUGGGUGAGCUCCUGUUGCAUGGUCCCUGCUCCUGCCAACCUAGCAGUUCGAAAGCACGUCAAAGUGCAAGUAGAUAAAUAGGUACCGCUCUGGCGGGAAGGUAAACAGCAUUCCUGUGCGCUGCUCUGGUUCGCCAGAAGCAGCUUAGUCAUGCUGGCCACAUGACCCAGAAACUGUACGCCGGCUCCCUUGGCCAAUAAAGCAAGAUGAGCGCCGCAACCAUAGAGUUGAUCACGACUGGACCUAAUGGUCAGGGGUCCCUUUACCUUUACAAUAUAAUAGAGCCUUUGUCCACUCCAAACACAACAUGGAAGACUAAUGGUUGGAUUUUUAAUUUCUCAAAACAACUGAAGAAUAAAAGCUACCCUGAAUCAAUAACUUUUAAUGCUCAUUUAUUGCAUCCUUAAAGCUUUGAUAGUCGUGUAUUUCAUAGCAUUCACAUUUGUGUUAUGAGGUUCUUGCCUCUAUAUAGCCCUUAAUGUUUCAAGAUUGGCUAUGAUAAUAGUGACUGUGGGUCUCUUCUUGGCUGCAUUUUUGUCUUCGAUCAUUCCUAGUAACAACAGACUUCUCUAGGGUGAGAGGCCAGACAGCUCAACAAAUCUUGGAGCUCAAAGCUUCUUUGUCAGCGAGGAAGAAAGAGAAAAUCAGCCCUAUAAUGAAGUGCCUUUCAUAGCUUUGUUUUUAGUUUUUUGUUUCAUCUAGAAAAAAGAAGCUGCAAGUAAAGCUGAAGAAAUAACUGGCGUGUGAAUUGCUUUCACUACACUGUGCCAGAAGUAAAACAUGCAAACAAUUUCCCCCACAGUUGUUUAGAAUAACAAUAGCUAGUUUCAGGUUAACAUCCGAUUCACAUGAGCCUAUGGUGCUUUAUAGCACUAUGAUCCCCCCACCCACCCCAGUUGUAAAAGGAAUAUAUUAUCAGCAGCAUGGAUUUGAGCAUGUUGGGAAAGUUUAGAAAUUGCUGCUUGGGCAUUGCUGAUAGCCUUGCCAUAUUUACAAGAGAAACUUUACUUUGUAUGUAUAGAGUAAGCCAGUUUUGAAUGUGACGUAAUAGAGAAGUUUGGUGGUCAGAUAGCUUCAGACUGUGAAACAUCUGAAGAUCCCAUAGAUCAGGGGUUGGGAACCUCAGGCUGCAGGCCCAAAUGCAGCCCUCCAAACCUCUGUCCAGCCAUCGAAAUUCUCCCACUGUAUGCUCCUCCUCAGGUCACAUUCCUUUUACAGUUCUUACCUGGAUAGAGGACCAAAAGAUGCGGGCGUGUGUAGAAACCUCUGGUUUUUGGGUACAGGAGCAUUACCUACUAUAUAAUAGUAAAAAUCACAUUCCUUGUGCCUCCCAGUUUUUCCUCUGGCCCCAUCCACCACUGGCAUGUGGCCCCUGAAUGGCUGCAUAGGAGGGAAUGCACUUCUCAGGCUGCAAAAAAGUUCCCUGCUACAGCUAUAGGUGUUACUAAAUGUUUGCUGUUUUAAAAGCAUAAAUCUCCCACUUAAAAGUGCUUCGCUUUGGCUAGUUUGUGUCCUUCCUCUCCCUGCCCUACUCUUUUUCAUAUUGUGCCUUGCAAACUUGAAAGGGAUAUUUUUUCUGCUGAUUCAUCUGAAUUGGAUUAUAACUUCAGUUAGUUUUUUAUCAUGGUAUUCAGAGAUGCCAAACUUGGGUAUGUAUCUAAAAAAUCCAACUUGAUGUUAUUUGUCCUUUGCUACUUAUGCCUCACAGAGAACCUGCCCUGUUGUUUUUUUUAAUGUUUGAUUCAACACUUUUAGAAUCUAGAUUGUUGGAAUAAAUCAGCUCUUGUUUUAUUACCAAAAUAGUACUACAAAGGCUGGGAGAAAAAUUCAAAUCUGAAAUGCUGAUUUUUGUCUAAGACAGAUUCAUAUGUCAUGUGUAGAAUACAAAUAGCCAUACUUAUUCCUUUGUUCUGUUGCAAUAUCUUGCCAAGCCAGGCACUGAAUAGCAACCAGACAGUUUAUCUGUUCUGUGUCCUUGUGAUUUCUUUUUAUGACAAAGGGAAAAAGCAGUAAUAGCAUGUUUCUUUUGCAUUUGAAGAUGCUCAUUUGGUUGUCUUAUCAUUUUCAGAUUUCCUGUUUAAGUUUUUGGUAAUUGGAAAUGCAGGCACUGGAAAGUCCUGUUUGCUUCAUCAAUUUAUUGAGAAGAAAUGUAAGUAUAAUGCAGAUGUUGUGGGGUUCUUAGGGGUGGGGUUUUUGUGGGGGUUGCUCAACAGAACUCUGGUCCACAUUGGUCCUUAUAAAAAACUGGCUAACAGCAUUUUUUGGACAGAAGUGAUCUGGCAUUUCUUAGACAGUAGUAUGAAUAAGUAGGGACAUGUGCAAUGCAAUCCAUGUAUUUCCUUGGAAGUAAAUCCCAUUGUACUCAGUGUAGCUUACUCCUCGGUAUGUAUUAUCUACCCCAAAUCACUUUCUAUGUAGGCUUGAGAGAACAUGCUAUCAAUAUCUUCCUUAAUACCAUGCCUACCAUGUUUUCAUUGUGUGUAGGAUCAAAAUUUGCUAACACAGUGAUACAUAAAUGGGGUGUGUGAACUGCCCAGGAUAGCCCUAAGAGCUGACUUGAUAGAUUACCAUUCUACAUAAUACCCCUUGCCAGUACAAUGGCACUCCAUCAAGGCAGAUUUCAGGCUCUUCUGGGCAGUUCACACAUUCCAUUUAUAUGUCACUGUGAUAACAAAUUUUGAUCCUACACAAAAUGAAAACAUGGUAGCCACAACUUCAGGCAUGGGUAUUGAUAGCAUGUUCUCAUAAAUCUUAGUUAACAAAACUUAGGGGUGGUUGAGAAGGAGACAUUUUUUUGUUGCAAAGCAACCUUUGAAUAAGAAAAUUCCCUUGACUAGUGCCACUAGUAAAUUUUGGGAAUUGUCACAUUUGUGCAUGCAUAUAUGUAUAUGUAUAUAUAUGUAUAUGCACAUAGCCCACCAUCCAAUGUUGGAUGAAUUCACACAACUAUAUAAUGCAUUUCAUUUUAACAUAUCUUGUCUAGCAUAUUCACAGAGUGUUCACAGAAGCAUAUUCUAAUACCCCUGAAUAUGUGUUGAAAAGUGUGUGAAUUUAUCUUAAAAAUUCCCCUUGGUUAAGUUAACAAAUACACUGCUGCCUGUAUAGAACAGAUUAUGGAUAAAUAAUAAAAAUGUCACUGUUAAUAUAAUAUCCUUGUGUACUUUAAAUUGUACUUGAAUACUAAUAGACACCUUUUCUAUUCUAGUCAAAGAUGACUCAAAUCAUACUAUAGGAGUGGAGUUUGGUUCAAAGAUAAUAAAUGUUGGAGGCAAAUAUGUAAAACUACAAAUAUGGGAUACAGCUGGACAAGAGCGAUUCAGGUAUAUUUUCAUAGCACAGAAAUUCGUUGGCAUGUUAGUUGAAGAAAGUGGCAUGUGACUUUUUUGUUAGCAAGUUUGUUGGAUACUGGCUACUGUUUCACUAGUUCUGUGACAUCCAGUUGUAUUGUGACUAUAGGAGAACUUGUAGGCAAAAGUAAGUAUUGUUAAAUCAUUCAUUUCUUCUGGAGAGUUUUAAUAUAUGCCCCCUCAAAACUGGUGAGGCUUAAAGCUGCUCAACUUUGGCUCAAUCAUGACUGUACUGCCUUGUUAAGCGGACACAGUAGCUUCUGUAUUGUUCGUAAUUGUAGCACUGUGUAGAGCAUAGCUUAUUGUCAUCUUAUAGUGGUAUAUGUUUUCCUUCACAGGUCUGUAACCCGAAGCUACUACAGAGGUGCAGCGGGUGCCUUACUUGUUUAUGACAUCACCAGGUAAAAGGAAAAACUGCUAUAAAUAUAAGUACAGAUAAACUAUUCUGCUUUUCCUGUGGGUAUCCUUAGGUAGACAUGUAAUCCUUUACAGCCAAGAUAAAUUAAUCACAUAAUAGCAAUUAUCAUGGGACAAGUUCAGCUUUCAUAGCUUCUUGAGGUUACGCACACAAAAUUCACACAAGUGUGCUCCCAGCCCUAUUUCAUUUGAGCUGCUGUAUCUUAAAUGGGGGUCUAAUUUUACAGUAAAGAACCCCUUUCAAACCAUCCUACAUAUAAAAAUAUUUUAAGUUCAAUCUAGUACAAAAUCUGACUUCAGUGGCUUAGGAGCCAGACUAGCCUCUUUCCUAGUUCAUCUCUCUCCUCUCCAUCCCCAACAUGCACAAGCCAUGUUUCCUUAAAAUUUAUUUAUGCCCAAGCUUUUAUAUCUGGUUCUAGCAGCUGAUUGCAGUAUAUACAUACAGUAGGCCAUGAUGCCCAACUUGGACUCUUCUGAGUCCUGUGUGGAGUCUUGCACAUCAAGGACUUCUUGAGAUUGUGAGAGACCAUCACCAUUAGUCAUCUUGGGAAUCAAUUUUUUUCUGGAUGAAGAAACACUGGGGACCAUGCUUCGUUUACUCCUGAGAGUGUUUUCUGUCACCUUUCUUGGAUACCAAUGACUCCUUCAUAGAAAUGGCCCCCUUACUUUCAGUUGUCUUAGAGUGCAUGCCUCAGAAACAGAGUGGUGUUCCUUUAACUCAAAACUGAUUUUCUUAGAGACUUAAAUACACACACACUACAAAAAAAGUAAGUCUGUUGUAAUGUUACAUUCAACUGUAUAAGGGGCAAGUUUCACUGGUUACACUUGCCCUUGCUUUCAGUGUCCACAGUGCACUGGCACAAGUCCAAAUGUAGGACUAACACUGCAUGCUCUUUGGUGUUGCCUGCCUGCUCUGCACCCUACCACCUGUCAGGACAGCAGGUGUUCUGAAUCCAUUAUUGCUGGGCAAUAACUUCUCUGUAGUAUUUUACAAUGGACAAAAGAAAAUACAGCAAUGUUUUUUUUGUUGAUCUUCUAUCAAAGUGAACAUGAACUAUUGCUGUGUAAAUCAUCUAGUUAGCUAGGAUAAUUAAAACAUAGUUUUAAGGGGGAAGUAUAAUUAUUAACAUCUAAUAAUUUGUCCUUUUGUGAUGCAGUCGAGAAACCUACAAUGCGCUUACUAACUGGCUAACAGAUGCGAGGAUGCUAGCAAGUCAGAAUAUUGUUAUAAUACUGUGUGGGAACAAAAAGGAUCUUGAUGGAGAUCGGGAAGUCACUUUCUUGGAAGCAUCCAGGUUUGCUCAAGAAAAUGGUAAGUAUUUUUCAUGACCUAUCUGACCCAUCCUGGUGCCCUCUAGAUAUUUUGGACCACAACUCCGCAUCAUUUGGAAUUAUGACCUCCCCACCCAGGUAUUGGAAGCUACUAGUAUGGAGGGUAAAGUCAAGUCAGAGUGAGGUCAGUGCUUCUGUCAUUCUGAGUGGGUGAACAUUUUUGCCCCAUUCUGCAACCCCCUCAGUCUCCAAAAAUGGGACGAAGAAGUUGGAAGACAACUCUUUAUGAAACAUCCCCCAAUUUUGGUGUGGUUGUAAUUGGGUAAUAUGUCCAGUGGGCAUAUACCAAUUAUCUGAGAACUUCCGCACACCUCUUUGUUGGUAUCUUGAAACCAGUUUAUGACGGCAUUGUUUUAGAAUUGUUCAGUGCUUUGGGUAUUCUUCUGGUUGAAGUUAUUCUGCUACAUCUUAUCUGUUUACUGUUGCUUAAUUUAGACUGCAAUCCUAGAUCUAGGAGAAGCACCAUUCAACUUAACAGCACUUGCUUCUGGGCAGAUACAUCUAGGAAUGCAUUGCAUAUUUUUGUUUGAUAUAUAUAAUAUUUUGUAUAAUUGUUUUUUAUCUUGGUUUGUUGUUAGCUGCCUUUGUAGAGGCUGGUACAAAAAGGCAGGAGAUAGAUAGACAGAUAUAGAUAGAUAGAUAGAUAGAUAGAUAUGAGAGAGUUCAUGUCAAAUAUUUGAUAAAUUACAGUAGAACAAUAUUAAACUCACCUGAAAAGUCACUCCUGUGGUUUGAGAACCCUUCUCUUGCUUGGAAUAGGUGCUUAGGGGAGGAGUGCAGUAGGGGACGGGUGGCAAAAACAGGGUAGAAUGUAGUUACAGUGGUACCUCGGGUUACAUACGCUUCAGGUUACAUACGCUUCAGGUUACAGACUCCACUAACCCAGAAAUAGUACCUCGGGUUAAGAACUUUGCUUCAGGAUGAGAACAGAAAUUGUGCUCCGGUGGCACGGCAGCAGCAGGAGGCCCCAUUAGCUAAAGUGAUGCUUCAGGUUAAGAACAGACCUCAGGAACGAAUUAAGUACUUAACCCAAGGUACCACUGUAUUAGUUUCUAGGUAGUGCUCUGCCAAAGAAGGUGAUUUGGCAAUUAGCUUCAGAAGUGGAACAGGUGCUUUUUGACCAUUCUUUGGACCAGCUUUCCCUGACUAUUCUUUGGGGUAGCCUUCCUCAACCUGGUGCCCUACAUAUAUUUUGGGCUACAGCACCCUUCAGCCUUAGCCAGUAGAGCCAGUGGUUGGGAAUGAUGGGAGUUGUGUUCUGCUGAAACAUCUGGAGGGCAGCUAAUCAGGGAAGACUGAAUCAGGAUAUUGCUUCAGACUGAUUGAUUGAUUGAUUGAUUGAUCCUAUGCCCUUUUAAAAUGUGUUGGGGUUAUUAUUGGGUUGUUGGUUGUUUUUAUUUUGAUUCUGUAUUUUGUGGUUUUAUAUUCUGAUUUUAUCCUGUGAACCACCCUGAGACUUGCGGGUACAGGGUGGUACAUAAUUUCAAUAAAUAAUAAUAAUGAUUGCAAUUUUUUUUUGUUCAUAUUUGUUUCAGAACUUAUGUUCUUGGAAACAAGUGCAUUGACAGGGGAGAAUGUUGAAGAGGCCUUUGUACAGUGUGCCAGAAAAAUACUUAAUAAAAUUGAGUCAGGUAAUCACAGUUCAUGUUUGUGAUCUCAAAAUAUUUUCAGCUCUAUAGUAUUAGACACUUUAGAGUAUGUGAAAUGUUGACAUGUGAUAAACUGCGCUCAAACUAGGUGUGCUCUUCGAUUGUCAUAAAGUGUCACCUAAUUCUCACCUGUGUCUUAACUUGUCAAAUACCUUAAUGCAAGUACAAAUGACCCUGAAGAGCACAAUCCAAAAGGAGGUGUAACUGGUUUUCAUUGAACACCCCACUAGCACCCUUUUAACAGCAGUUUCAGUGGGGUAGACCCGUUGAAAUUGAUGGGCUUGGGUAUAUCAUUGGAUAAUCACCCAAUGAUAGGGGAUGCUGUCAAAGCAUUUUUUUACAGGUUGCUGUAAAAAUGUAACAUCUUUCUAAAUGUGUGAUUAUUGAAAGAGAUGUCUGACAUUUAGGUUAUUAAUAAUAUUGUAACUCUGAACUGGCUUCUUGUGUGUGAAGCCUCUCAGCCUCUGACAUCUAGCUUCCAACCUGCUGUACAUCUUCCAACUAGUAGGAAGGGGAGGAUAUAAUCAUAUAAUAUAUUAUUGUAUAAUGGAUAUAAUGGAUAGGGCCAUUAAAAGCUUGCUUAACAAUACUUAUAAAACAGGCACCCCUCUGUAAAAGAAAAAAAGUACAAAUUAUAUUUGUGUGCAUAUGUACAUGUGUUUGUGUGUAAAGCACUAUUAACUUCUCAUGACUACUGUUAUUGUUACUUUCAACAAAAUUUAAAUUAUUACAUUACAUGUUCAUGAAGACAACAGCCUUGAAUUUAAAUGUAAUUACAACGUCUGUAAGAACAAAUUGUGUUUUGUUUUAUCAGGUGAACUGGAUCCGGAAAGGAUGGGCUCAGGUAUUCAGUAUGGAGAUGCUGCCCUGAGACAGCUGAGAUCUCCACGAAGAGCACAAGCUCAAAGUGUCCAAGAAUGUGGCUGUUAGGAACUGACAACUGAAACAUUCAUUUGAACAAGGAAAGAGGUAAGUGUUAGCAGUUGGAGAUCAGCACCUUCGUUUAGACAUUGAUUAUUGAGGGAGGGAAAAUCCAUACAUCAGCUCCACAGGUGGGGUGGUUUUUCUCAAAUUUUCUGUGUGUCCCAAGGGCUUGUUUGUUUGUUCGUUUUACUGUCAGGAUUUAUGUUUUGGAUAUCCACCUUGUAAAAACAAUGUAAAUCUGUAACAGCAUAACUGUAAUCAUGAUUCCUUCUCAGAAGUCAGUCCUGUUGCAAGUAACGAUUUGCACUGAAAUGAAAAUUCAAAUCUAUAUCGAACCUCUUAAUUUGAGAAACAUUGUUUUAUUUCAUUUAUAGCCCUCCUUUCCUCAAGAACAUUUCCUUAGUGCAUAACAAAAAUGCACUAAGGUGGAGAAUCUGUGUAUGUUGUAUGUUGUAUGACCUUGUUGUAUGACUGCUUAAUUGUGUUUCUGUCUCAAAAAACAAAAUAGAUUAAUUCUGUGGUUUCACACUAAAUUGCAUGGAGUUUGUUCCUAAAGUGUGCAUAGGAUGCCUACGUUGUUUAACACGAAAUGCUGCUUAUUUUUUCAGCUGUCCUUGAAAAUGACGAUUAAUGAAACAACUGCCAUGGCUUCAAGACUGCAGUUUUAGAACUGCUUUUUAUUCAGUAAAGCAUACCACAUCUGGUAUUUUUUAAAAGUACUAUGAAAUGGCUUCCAGAAGCGUGCACUCGGCACAGCAAGAUUGCAAAAAAUAAAAUUUGGUAAUUCAGUGGACAAGAGUAAAAUAUCAGUAUGUAAAAAAUUUUCUGUUGCAUAUUUUUGCUCAUUUCUUCCAGUUUAAGACAUUGCUGUAUCCUGUGUAUAUAAAAUGUGGUCAUUAAAUUUCCAAAGCAUGAUAUACUGACAUAUUGUUGCACUAACAUUUGUUUGUUUUAUAAAUAAGAACUGAAAUGUAACUGGUAGGCUUUAUCAUGUUUGGUGGUUUGUUUUUUUGUUUUUUUGUACAAUAGCUUUUAUUUAUGAUUUGAUAUUGAAAGCUACUGGCAUUGAUUGUCAGUGUUUUAUUUGCCACAUUCUACAAGGUAUAUGAUUUAUUUUUUUGAAAAACAGGCCAUAAGUUUACUAAUAUGUUGUGGGUUUUUUACUGAAGCAUAACUGAACUGUUUCCUGACAAUUCUUAAAUGUAUUUCAAUCACUUUGACAACUGUAGGCUAUACAAUUCAUUUGUGAUCUUAAGAGCUUACUGCUGUCUGAUCUUGCCUUGGGGAAUCCUUGUUUUCUACAUCUGAAAUUGUAACUGAAAUUUUAUGUUUCGGGGAAAAGAUAAUGCCUACUUGUUUUGCCAUUCUAGAACAGUGUUUGAAGUUGUGAAUCAUCGUUAUCUGACUUCUUUUUUUAAAAUUAAAGUAAUUUCUAUACCUAAGACUCUGUUCAGGUUAUCCUCCUUAAAAAGAAGCAAUUUGUUAUGAAAAGUAGCAUAUGUUGUAUAGACUGCUUCAAAAUCUGUAGUACUUAAUGCAUUGCAGUCAGCUUCUUUUACUCUGUAAUUUAGAAACACAAUACAGUAAAUGGCAGCAACUAGUCAAAGAUAAACAGUGCCCUCUGCCUUCAUGGUAUCUAACUGAGAGUUCUAUAGAGACACUUGGAAAUAUGAAACCUUGACUUUGCCUAAGAGAGAGAGGUGUGCGUAUGUAAAAGUAAAAUGUUCUUGACACCUAAAAACUCCAGAACAUGAACAUUUAUGACUGUUGAUACACAGAUAAUUCUGAAAUAUGGAAACAUUGAAGCGGUAUAUGGGAGGUGUAAAUAUAGCUAUUUGAGCUAGAUUGUGUUAGUUUUAACUAAGGAUGUACAUUGCUUAAAACUUUUUGGUUGGUCAUAUCUGAGGAUGUUACACAGUGAGGGCAAACAUUGACAUUAUUGUCAAAUAAGUAUUUGAUUGAGCCUAAGUUGGCAAGACACAUGAGCAGUCUCUUUUUUGAAUGUUUAUUUACUCAAAAUGCAGGCAGCAGGAGAGACUGAAUUUGAUUGGAGCUGUGAGACAUUUUUCUGAUAAAAAUCACUGCUUCCAGCUCCUCCUGUCUCAGCUAGUUUCACAUCCUUGAGGAGAAACUAUACAGAGCAACUGGAGGUAGGAUCUACAAGACAUGGUUUAAGCACCCUUUCUAGAACAUAGCUGCUCUGAUGUUUUUAUGCUGCUUUUCUCUCAUAAAUUGCAUUUAAGGCAAUUUAAUAAGUGGUCUAGAACAACUCAAAAACAAUUGCAAUAAAUACAAAAUGGCAAAUAAAAGUAACAAAGCUUCAUUACAAUGCAGGUAAAAUAGUUAAAAUAAUGUAAAUAAGACUUUAGCAGUCCUUUGCCAAGCCAAAGCGCAUCACAUUGAAUGACAAAAACUGAACAGGUCAGCAAAGUAAACUGAAUGCCAUAAGCCGAGAUAAACAGGUCAGGCUCCAGUGGCAGGGGUGCCCAGAGCAGGGCCCAUGACUACAACUCUUAACUGAUGGGCAAGUUCAUCCAGGAACUGGCGGUCCUCCAGCUCUGCAGGCCUGUUGCUGCAUUUCAGUAAAUAAAUAAUGGUUGGGAGACAGCUCAUGCAUUUUAAUCCAAGAUGAAAAACACAUUUUAAUGUUGGCAUUUGAGUACAUUUUUCAUCCUCCCCUCCCCUCUCCCCCCCACCAUUCAGGGAAAGUAAAAUGACACAGAUUGCCAGCACGUUACUCAUUAGCAUACAAAAUGGACACUGUAAUCCUUUGAGGUAAAUGAGAACCUUUAAUUUGAAGGGGUUGAUUCAUCAAAAAGUUAAUUCCCAAAAAUAAAGUAGACUGAUGUAAACAAAAUAACAUGCUUCCAUGCAUUGUACUGGGGAAAAAGUCAAUUUGAAGUCUAGUUAAACAUCCACUCAAAGUAAAGAAAGUGAUUAGCAUGCAGUAUCUAUUAACGUAUUUGGUUCACAGCAUGGGUAUAUGAGGUGCACUGCAUGGAUGUCUUAUAACGGUUCAGAAGUACUUUCAAAGAAUAUUAUUUGGUGUGUGUGUGUUUUUAUUAUGUACUUUUUCUAAUGUUACAUAUAUUAAUGUCAACAAUUCCAAAGAAGUUUGGUCAGUAAGUCCUAAAGUCCAACUUGUAACUUGUUCCUAGUCUUCUACAUAAUACUUGAAGCUCCCCUUUCUCCUCCCUCCCACCCCCUACCCAGUAACUACUGUACUGCUGCCCUCUCUCAAACUGGAGGGAAUAGCAGAAAAAAGGAGGUGCCAUGCUACUAUUAAUUGUGAACCGAUUAAUGAUGUAGUGAAAACUCAGGUAUUUACUCCAUAGGUUUUUGUACAUCUUCCUGUUGCAUUUAGUUCUUCCCCACAAUCCCUUUUCAUCUUCCACACAUCUUUCAUUUACAUGGAUCACCCUGGGCCAACCUGGUGCCUGACUGAUGUUUUGGACUACGCCUUCAAUCAGCCUCAACCAGCGGGACUUGUAGUCCAAAAUAUGUGGAAGGUGCCAGGUUAGCGUAGACUGAUGUAAAUGGUUGGUAGUUAGUACUACAGCACAAAAACUGAUCUCUCUCUAUCGCUAGCCUCCUUUAUAGUUGGUUGACGAACUCAAGGCCUUGUACCUUACUGUUUGUAUUUAGGUGUUUUGGGUUGUGUGUGUUCUGAGGGAGUUCUGUUUCCUCUACUUCCCUCCAGUGAUCUGUUUUUUUGUUUUGUUUUUAACAUCAAUGCAAAUGCAGGCACGAUAAACUCUCUGUCUUGCUGUUUGUUUCCAGAUUUAGCUAAUAAAUGUCACUUCACAAACUUGCUUAUCUUUGAUAAAGGGAAAGACAAUUGGAACUUAGAAUUUCUAUGGGGCUAAAAUUACCUUAGGCAGAACUGUACUGCGGCUUCAGUUCUAAACUAAUAUUUGUAUGCUCCUUUCCAAAUUUUGUGUCUGCAAAUUAGCAUGAAUAAGUUUUUGUUUCUGCAGAAAAUUUCAUGAGAGUUCAUGCCUCCUGUGCCCACAGAUUGCCCCCAACACUUCUUCCUGGUUGUUUCCCAAAACCGGGUUUAUUUAAAUAUUAGAGCUAGGCUUUGCGAGGAGGAAAGUUGGUUCAGGAAAUGAUUAGAGACACCCAGGUCAUUGAUUGUUGUCUAUAAAGGCUUGCCUUCACUAUAUUACUGUUUCUAAGGGAUCCCUUGCAGUGUGUAGUGUCACACUUCAAGACUCUGAAAAUUGUAGCUGUACUCUUGUACACCCUUGUUAACAUGAGUUGGAGGAACUGUAGUUCAUGCAGUUGAAAUGUGCUAGAUUGCUACCUGUAUUGGCUUGGUUCCACAAGUUGGAACUGCAAGAGCUUAAGAAGUAUUAUUACAGUUGAGCCUCAAGACAAAUGCUCUUGGCAUUUAAUUGCUUCUAAAAAUAAAAGUGCUUUUACACAGUGUUAGUAUACAUUAAACUUUAAAUGCAUGACUUCUAUACUGUAUAAAGAAUUUACUAUGCUGCUUAAUGUCACCAGAGAAAUGUUACUAAAUAAAAGGUUUUAUUUAAAUGUAUUUACUGUAGGUUUCUUUUCAAUCACGGCAGGCUUGGGGAGGGUGUGGGUGGAAGGGGUGGAAAGCUAUGCUCCCUGGCUGAUCAGCCUUUUCAUACAUCCACCAUUUCCUGCAUUGUUAACAUCUCCAAUGCGCACUGUUGCAUCUCUAUGAAAUCUCAACCCUGCCAAGGGAGAUGUUCAGAAUUUUAACAAUAUCAAUAAUCUUAUUUAUCUACAUGCAUUUGACACCCCCAUACAUUAAAUGCUCGGAAUCUUAAUCAUGACUUGCUAAAACAAAGUGGCAUGAUUGCCAUGGAAACAAGCACACAAUUUUUAAUGGAUGGAUGUAUGCUAGGUAGCUUAUGUGAUUUUAAAUGGUUUCAUGUGCAAUGCCUGAUUUUAAGCUUUAGUCUUACUUAGGUUAUUUCUGGACAGUAAUAAUUGGAUUUUCUAUGUUUCUUACUGAAUAAUCCAGCAACCAACUGUCCAGUGCAUGUUUCCUGUUAAUAUUACAAAGCUGACCCAGCUAUAUUCUAUGGAGAACUGAAAAAAUAUCACCAGUUUCCCAAAUUUUAAUGUGUUCUUACCCUGCUUUUAGGUAAUGAAUACAUUAUGAGACACCCAUUUAUCAUCUUGGGGACAAAAGUAACAUUAAAAAUAAAAUAUUUAUCUAUUAUUUAGGAAACAUGAGUAGUUAAGGUGGGAAGGAAAUUGUAACACUUAUGUACUGUAACCCAGGUCUUGUUACUUUUUGAAAGAAGUGUUGCCUCCCUCAUAAAGUGUAGACCAAAAAUCCAUACCAUCUCAAGUUUAGGACUCAUCCACACACUUCCCUUUGACUUGUGAUUUCUUCUGUUUAGCCCAUGACAUCCAGGCAUGGAUCAGAGAGGUUUUCCUUUUGUUCUGCCACUUUCCCAGGGAAAACCUGCUGUUUACUGCUCAAUUGGAACAAACGCCAAGUCGCAGAAAACCCAAAUGAUGUUUGCUCUGAUUCAGCAGUAAACAUCAGGUUUUGCCUGGGAAAGCAGUGGGAGAAAAGAAAAAUCUCUCGGACCAAUGCCUAGAAGUCACGGACCAAACAGAAGGGUGAAUAAGCCCUUAGUGUAAAUGGUGUUCAAAGCUAUUGUAUCUACUUAGUAGUAAGUUAGGAUGCUAGACUUGGUGAUUAAUAUAUGGUCAGAUAUACAUGCAGUGUUACAUCAAGGCUACAGUUCUCUGCUCGCUUAGGGGACAAAGCCUUGGCAACCACAAGGUGGGGGGCUUAACAGCCCCUAUUGGGCAUGUUUAUUCAGACAGCUGGUAUUCUAUGCCAAAACAGAAAGUAAGAGUCUACUAACUUGAUCACUUGUUUGAAGCAGUACUUUGAUCAUUGCCCUUAGUCCAAUUUAUCCCUAAGAUUUUCAAAACCCACAGACAAGCUAAAAACCUCUUAUUUACAUGUAGUAAUCAUUUAAGCAUUUCCCAGUAUGUUUGGAGUUUCUUAGCCCAUCCAAUCUUUUACUGUUUUGCUGACUGGAAAGGGGCGCACCACUAAAGAUAAAGUGUAUGGGGGAGGUGUCUAGAUGUCUAGUGUCACUCAGUUGUGUCUGAAAGCAGCUUAAAAUUAGUGUCCAUAGUGGGGAAUAUUUUUCAACCCAAUGGCCACAUUCCAGUUUGCGCAACCUUUAGGGCCCAUGCUGCAGUGGUAGAUGGAGCCAGAAGCAAAAGUGGCCAGAGUCAAUGUAACCUUUGCCUUUGUACAGCAGGCUAGUUUUCAACACACACAAAACCUGUAUUACCCAUCCAGACAAAACAAGAGAAAUUAGUGGAAUUUAAGAACACAUUUCAGCCACGCAAAAUGACUUGUGGUUCCAGUGAGGGUUCUGGCCUGAGAAGAAUUCUGGAUGCCAGAGGGAGAGAGGCCUGGAGGGCCACAUUCAACCCACAGGCCUGAGGUAAAACAUAGCAUUAUUCACCACAAAUUUGACUAAUCUCUUAAAGGCAUCCAAGGUGGUGCAUUUUGUGGGAAUAAAUACCAUAGUUUUCUAAACCUAUGGUGGAAGGUUCAGGAAAGGGCAACCAAAAUGAUCAAGGAAGGGUGCAGCAAUUCCCCUAUGAAGAAAAGUUUUUGUGUUCCAAAAAGCCAAUUGGGAGUUUUUAGCUUGCGAAAAGGGGAAGAGGAGACAUGAUGAAUAAAAUUAUGCAUGGUGCAGAGAGAAAAAAGAUUGGGAGGCGGUUAAUUUCUACACAUUCUUUUGCAUCCCUCUCUAUCUUACAGGCAACAGAGAGGGAUUGUCAAAGUGGAAGGACACAUUACAACCAGCCAAAAACAACUCAAGGAAGGUACAAGCAGGUCUGGUCAGAGGCCAAAUAGUGUCCUUGGGGGCUGUAUUUGGGCUGUAGGUCAGAGGUUCCCUAUUCCUGCUAUAGUCUUUUGCAGUUACUAGCCUUAAGGUGGCAGCCCACUGAGAGGACGCAGAGGCACGAGGCCCCUAAAGCUUACAUAAGAGUCAUAAGACUUAUUUCACCAUUAUCAAGAAAGCACAACAACUGCUUUUUCAAAAUGUUUUUCCCCCCAAAUUGAUUUUAUUCACAUGUACAAAGUCAUGGCAAGUACAGUUAAAUAUAAAUAACACAAGAACAUUAGAAAAAAAACACACUAUUUAAAAACACAUUCUAAGUCACAUAUUGCUUCAAGCUUAUUUUCCCCCAAGCUUUUAUCUAAAGUGAUUUCAGUGCUCACAAAAGCUAAGUGUGGCAGCUUCCCUGUACCUUUAACUUUACAUUAUAGGAACUACAUACAGAAACAUAGAGUCAAGAGUUUAUAGCCCCCACCUGUUCAAGUAUCUGGGCCUUAAACAGUCGUGCUCAAAAGACUGCCAUGCUUGGUCUGGUUACUCACACUUUAUGGCUUUAGGCUAUAUGUUGCUCUUUGUAUUACACCAGCGUUUUGGUACUCCUAGCCUGUCACAAACCAACAUAUUUCAAGGAGGCAGGAGUAUGCAAACAUAAACUAGUAGAUAGUUUGUGCUUCAGGUGAUGCUGCCUCCCACAUCAAGAAGGUAACUUUCUCAUCUAGAAGCCAUAUUUAAUACCAAUCUGGUAUAGACAGUUUUCAGUAGGCUAAAAUGUGAGUGGUCUCAAUUGCUUAUAUUCCCGUCUGCCCUGGCAGCUCAAGCAGGGGAGACACAUUUCAAAGGUGGGAGAAGACCCUGAGGGAAGUUGAGCCAGAGCCAUUUUCCCAUCAUACAACAGGUCUAGCACUACAUCUACCAUUGUGCCAACCCCAAAAGCUUCAAAAGGCAGGGAGGAUGUGGGACCCUCACCAAAUUUGGUCAAUUCUAGGGGAAGUCUAAUCCCAGGGCUGAAUAUGCAUUCUGCUCCAUGCUUACAGAAGACAUAGCUGCCAGUAAUAGUGAAGGAGGGCUCAGUACAAGCAAGAUGCCUGAGGGUAAACAGUAAAAAGAAAAGAAAAAGCAUAACCAUGAUAUUUAAAAAUAGAGAAGUCAACUCUUGCUAACAAUAGCUUGUUGUUGAAGUUACUGGAUAGUGAUGCAAGAAACGUGGUGGUACAAAUAUACACAAAGCAUACCUUUUUUUGCACAAUGUCACACCAUAAACAUGUUUCACAAAAGUAAAUGUCUAAUUGGAACAGUAGAUACUUCUUCUUUUUUUCUGUGCUGGAACAAUGAGUGUCAUUUGUGCAUUUCAGUUUCAUGCAUUUGGUAGUGAUACUAUGCCAGUUUUGUGAAGACAGAUGGGCCAUAAAUAGGACUUUUCUCAAGUUCCAACAAGGAAAGAGGGGUCUUUCUCAUGAGAAUGUCCCUAUUUUAAAAUUAAAAGCAAAAGCAUUAUUUAUACCUAGAAGACUAGAGCAGCUCAGAAUUUGUCGUCCCACCACCACCAAUUCCAGCUUUAGUAAACACAUCUGUAAAUAAGCUUCUUUAUUUCCUAGUGAGGAUGGUAGUUUUGCCAUUUCCUGCCAACUUUAGCCCUCUUCAGUUGGGACUAUCUGAAAAUAUAAUGCAAGAAAUGGGGGGGGGGGACCUGCAUGGAGGCUCCUUGAGUGAUGCAGAAUCUUGUUAAACCUGGAUUCUAAAAUGCACAGGAAAUAUUUACCCGUAGAAGCAGAUUCCUCGCUUUGCACACCUGCCCUUCAAUUUACAGAGGGAGACAGAGACAGGGUGGUACUCACAUGCUAUAUUUAUAGAUUUUUAUCACAGCUGAACAGGGCUUUUGUCAGGAAAUGCACCUGCAAUCCUUUGCUCAUUUGCCUGGAAGUGUCACUGAACUCUAUGAGACUUCUGAGUAAACAUGUUUAGGAUUGCAAUCCAAGAGACUCCAUGUCUAACACCACAUUAAUGCCCAGUUGAAGGGGAGGAGGGGAUCGCUUAAAGUUAAGAUAAAAACCACUCUACACAGAGAAGCAAGCAGAUGCUCCAAGUGCAACAGCGAUAUGCACACACCCCAUUUGCAAAUUACCAGAAUUAUAAGUGACUUAAGCCACCCAACACAUCCUUGUGGAAGACUGAAAACCCAGACUUUUAGUAUCCUUGUUUCAACAGUGUCUUCAAAAUUUCCAACGUCCAUCCAUGUGUCAGUUAGCUUACAAGAAGUUUAGCUGAACACAUUCUGUGAAGUUAAAAAUGGCAACAUGAACAGCCCUUUGAAAAGAGAAUCCAAAAUAUUUUCAAAAAGCUGCCAGUUGUUUUAAGAAAAGUGGUCUUUAGGACACAAGAAAAAAUGUCCUUCAUGUAUCCCUUGGAAGCAGGACGGGAGUCAAUAUUGUAUAACAAAGAUAGAGAAAUGUAUUAUUAUGUUAAAGCCAUGUACAAUUGAAGUCCUUUAAUUUUGUAAAGUGAAGAUAAGGGAUUAAAUUAAAAAAAGACUGAAGGAAACAUAGUUCCAACCACAGGCCUACAGAUGGAAAGAAAGCAGAAGUCAAAGGAGCCAAAAGCCACCUGCAGCAACCAUGGAAGAGAGAACUCAAACACUGAGUGACCACAGAGUUUCUGGGGAGAGUACCUGAUGUAGCCUUUGGAAUGAAAGGCUACCAAUAACUGUUUCCCAAAAUUUGAGUUAUUUAAGUCUUAAUGAUUGAGACUAAUGCCACCUGCAUAAAACCACCCCUACAUGAAUGGAGCCAACAUAAUUUGAAAUACAAUCAAACCUCGGUUGUCAAAUGUAAUCCAUUCUGGAAUCCCAUUUGACUUCUGAAAUGUUCGACAAACAAGGCGCAGCUUCCGAUUGGUUGCAAGAGCUUCUUGCACUCAAGCGGAAGCCACGUCGGACAUCUGGCUUCCGAAAAACCUUCGAAAACCGGAGCAUUUUCUUCCAGGUUUUCGGCGUUUGGGAGCCGAAACGUUAAAAAACCUUGAGAACAAAGGUUUGACUAUAUAAGGAGACUAUUUUAAGCAGCUUAUUAACCACCAGUUCGGUGUUUGAUACACACACAAAAAUGGCAGGUAGUCUCACAAUAUGCGAUACAAACUUUAAACUGUAACAGAUUUGUCACAUUCUCAUAAUUGCCAAUGGCUUCAUCCUCUGAAUUACACAAAUCAACUUUUUUUGGUGGUCAGGGGGAAUAAGGGGCAUGUCAUACACUUGAGAAGUAUAGCAAAAUUUGCCUGAGUCCUGAACAUGCCUCUGGAAUGUACACUAACUUGGUCUGGUAGGUUCAAUUCAAGAGCUGAAAUAGUCGUAACAUUUCACUUAUGCAGAAGCUCACCUAACAAAACUCUUUACAAAGCAUAUUUAAUCCACCCAAAUAAAGCAUUAAAAAAAAAUCUACAUCCCAGUUCACUGUCACCAAGUCCAUGUUACUUACUGCAAAGUACUGAUAACUAAUAGUUAAUGAUUGUCUACACCUGCCAUUUGGUACCACAGGCUCAUGAUAGCAAAUUUAAAAAGCUAAAAACAUAAACACGUCACAUUACUAAUCUAUUGCACCAAAAUCUCCAGUUCCAGAUGGUCACAAAACCUAAAACUGGAAUGUAAACCUGAACAAGUCACUAUAUAUCUACCAAAAGUUGGGGAGAGCUUUCAGAAUUCUAAAAAUGGAGCAUUUCCAAUUAUACAAUCUUCUACACAUCUGGCUGCAAGAGCCUGCACAUCUGGCCUUCACAGCAAGAUAGAUAGAUAACAGUCCCCUGUUUUUGUAGUUACUGGAUUGAAUCCACAGAGGGCAGAAAGUCUGCAUUUGGCUCGCUAGGUCUCAAGUUGUACAGGUCUGAGGAAAAUCAUAGCAACUUAACUAGAAUCACAUGAAAAUACAAUGGCACCUACAAAUAAUUUUUACAGACCUGAUUUGUAAAGCCUUAUGGCUCCCCUAUAGGGAAAAGUUUUGAGUUCUAUGCAACAUCAGGGCAAGAAAUUUCCCAUGGAUUACGAUCCAUGUGUUUUGAUGAUUAAGGAGGGACUAAAUAUUUGUCAAAAUAACCCUUCUGAGGUCUUUCAUUUUAAAAAGUUCAUUCUACAACAUUCCAUAGCUUUUCCGCUCAAGGUCAACAGAAAGAUCUCUUAAUAUUCUUCUUUUUUAAAAAAAACUGUAAAGAAGCUAUACUGCUAAGCAUAGUUCCCACCAGUAUGGAAUCAAUUAUUCCCUCUCCUGCAGGGAUAAGUAGCCAAAAUAUAAACAAGUAUAUCAAACUGCUGGAAAAAUCCUUUUGUUAAAAAUCUUGCAUAAGUGGUUUGGAAUUCUUCACCCGUUGCUUUCGUACACUAUUUCUGAAUUUUAAAAAAGACAGGUCCAGGCAAAUGUGGAAUCACCGUGCUCGUGCUGAGUAGCACCUCAUGUAUUCCGUCAUCCAGGGGUUGUCUGGUGCAGCAGAUUUUGCUCUCCAGGCUUGUUCUACUUCCGCUGAAUGAAUCCGCCUCUGAGACAGCUUCCUUUUUUCCACUUGCCUUCUGUUCUUUGCUCUCAGUGCAGACUCGUGGAUCUAACAAGAGAUAUUUAAGUGUUAGAUGAUUCUUGGUGGCCAUCUAGAUGCCUGUGAGAAACCUGCAAGCAGGAUUUGAGCUCAAGAGCAGUCUCCCCUCCUGUAGUUUCAAGCAACUAGCAUCCAGAAUCCCAAAACUUUGUCUAGUUACCGUAUUUGAUAUGCCAGUUAUUAUCUUGCUACAGUCAUACCUUGGUUCUCGAAUUUCAUCCGUUAUGGGAGUCUGUUCGACUCCCAAAAUGGUUUGAAAACCAAGGCACGGUCAGGUUUUGGCACCAGGCAAAAACCAUUACAAUUUUGCCUCUUUUAACUAAACGGAGACUGAUAUUUACUGCUGCUUUUAAGGUUUAUUGUGGCUUUCCAUAUGCUAACACUCUUCUGCUAUUUACCACUUCCAUUUUUAAACUAUUGGAUAGUAUCUAUUCUUGCUUUCAUUCGUAAACCACUUGGGAAAAGUUCUUCAAACUGAAAAGUCAGGUGCACGUUAAGUAAAAUAAAAAACGUGCUAAUUAGCUGUGCACAUCCAAUAUUGAAUCACCAACUUUUCAUAGGUGAGUGAAUAUGCAUGGCAUUGGGUUAGGGUAUGAAGCACAAAUGCAGUAAGCUCAGCUGCUAACCUGAGAGGCUGAAGGAUUUAGCCAUCCACUAACCUGCAGAGGUUGUACAAAGGCAUGUUAGGCUGUGUACAGAUAUGUUAGCCAUCCAAUCAUAAAUAUGUGCAGGCUCUAUUAUAAACGCCAUUUUUUUCUAUUCAGUAGCAAAUGCCAGUAUCUGUUGGGACUUAAGUAAUUCACUCUUAAUGACAGAUGUCCAUUUAAAACAAGCUUAGAUUUACUGAUUUCAAUGCACUAAGCUAGACUAAAUCUAGAUAUGCAAAUUUAACCAGUACGUGCUGUAUUAUUUUACACACACACACACACACACACACACACACACAAUAGCUGCCUUUCUUGUAUUUCUUCCAUACUGCUGUCAGAACUACAUUAAUAUCCUUUAUGCUGAAUCUAACAUUUCACAGAUCAGCAGCACUUUUGCAAGAACUUACAGCUUCCCAAUGUCAUUCAAGUACCAGGAGCCUACCGUCAGUACUUUCAACCUUUUAUGCCAUACCUAAACUUGAGCUCACUCUGCCUUGGGACACUUGAUGCUAACUGCCUGCUGUUUUACAAAGAUUAUUCUCUCUCAUAUCCUGACAGGGGGUAGGCAACCGUUCUAGCAUCAGGAAUUCCCUCCACAGCAGCACUGAAACGGCAGCCAGAAACAAACAAACAAAAGCUUUGCAUUAAUUAGAGUUAGCAAAUAAUGUUCCAAUAUAAUCUGUAAACAAGGUGGAAGAAGAUUCCACUUCAUAACUACAGCAUAGGAUGCCAGUGACAAUGUUGCAGCCCAUUACCAUCAACCAAGGAAUAUAAUUGCAGAAGAUCAAUGGCCAACAUUCCAUUCACAAGGUCUAGUAGGUGUCUCAGUACAAUAGGGCAACUUACUAUGGAGGAAUAUGAAGAUGCCUGUAAGUGGCAAAUGGAUUCCUAUAGGCUCUUCCCUCAUUCAUUUAUCCCAAGCUUUGAACAUGUUGACAUCAGAUACUACCCCUUUCCCUUCCAUUUUGACACACCCACACAAGUAAACUGAAACUGAAGCCAUGAAAACACAUAGGUUGUUUUCACUUCUUGAGUCUGGGGAGAUGGUUUCUUCUGGACAGGGCUGCACUCCCCUGAAAGGAGUAGGUCCAUAGCUUAGGGAUGCUCCUGGACCCAACAUUGUCACUGGAGGCUCAGGUAGCCUUGAUGACUAUUUUUGAAAGACUGCCUCCUUCCCUGCAGACCCCCUCAGGUGUUAGGAUCAGCAGAGGGGGCUCUCUGGGGAUCACCACGCUGGAAGUUUAAGGUGGUGGCAGCCUAGGAGAGUGCCUCCUCUGGGGCAGCCCCUAAGCUGUGGAAUUCCCUCCCCACAGAGGUGCGCCUGGCACCUUCAUUGUGUAAUUUUUGUCAUAUGCUGAAGACACAUCUCUUCAUCCUGGCUUUUGAUACCUGAUAUAUAGAAGGACCCACCCUAUACUCUUGCUUGUAGUGUGCUUAAACUAUUUUUAAUAUUUUAUGAGGGGACCUCAUGAGUUGGCACAGGGGCCGCUUUGCAGCUGAUGGGUUCAAUAGUAUUCCCUGCCUUUGGGGAUGGCACAGUCAAAAGUCUGCUGGUAUCAGUUGGCUGCCCCAGAGCACAGGCACAGUAGCAGAAGGGCAGGAAGUUAAGACAACAUUAGCCAACUUAACUACAGUUGUACCUCUAGUUACAAACUUAAUUCAUUCCGGAGGUCCGUUCUUAACCUGAAACUGUUCUUAACUAGAGGCGUGCUUUUGCUAAUGGGGCUUCUUGCCGCUGCGCCGCUGGCACACGAUUUCCGUUCUCAUCCUGGGGCAAAGUUCUCAACUGAAGGUAACUCUUCCAGGUUAGUGGAGUUUGUAACCUGAGACGUUUGUAACUCGAGGUACCACUGUAUAGAAUAUUAAAUGUCAGUAGUUAUUUUGCCCAGCAUAGGAUGACAAAGAAUGAGGAAACAGCAACAUCCUAGUUCACUGUGGGCACCACACAAACCUGGGCUGACCUUACAAGUGUGAAGGAAGGAGUCAGGCAGGAGGGCAAGGACUUAGACACACAACCCAUAAGUAUAUAUUUCAAGUUGCCUUACUUCAUUCACAGAAGCGGAUGCACAGACAUUGUGUGUUUUCUGGCUCCCAGUAUCAGUCUGUUUUUCUCCCCAGCCAUACAAGGCAAAUGGGUGUUUCAACUCCUUUGCUGCAUGUAUCCUUUGAGGACUUUUCGCCCGUCUUCUGUCACCCCGGCUGCCCAAAGCACCACGACUCGAAGGCUGCCCUUGGGGGCAACUUGCUGACCCGCCAGCUCCUUUGGGGGCAGACUUUUUGCCUCCACUCUCAACUUCGGUUUUCUCCUCAGCUUUCUCUUGGUCUUCAUCCUCUGGGAGAAAAGAAGGAGGGUUAGGUUUAGCCUGCCCACCUUCCAGGGCCGGCCCACCCGAGAGGCACACUAAAGCAGCUGCCAUGGGCGCCUCACCCACUGCCACCGGACAAUACAAAUUAAUAGAGACAAAGGCUAUUUGUGUCUACCAGUAAUGACAGCUAAGUUCUACCUCCACUGUUGAGAGGCAGAACACCUAUGCAUGCUAGUUGCUGGGGAAUACAAGCUGGGAGACCAUUGUUGCACUGAUUGGACACUGUGAGAGUAAGAUGCUGGACUAGAUGAGCCACUGGCCUAAUCUAGCAGGGCUCAUCUUAUGCAAACCAAUGCAGACUGUUAGUGUACCAUAACUCCUUUGAUUUAUCUGCACUGUAGGUAAAACUUACCUACAAGAAAGUUCGCCUGGCACCUUCAUUAUACACCUUUAGGCGCCAGGCAAAAACAUUCCUUUUUAACCAGGCCUUUGGUUGAUCUGAUUUACACUCUGUGCCCUUUUAAAAUGUGUUCUUUUGGGGAGGGGCUAUGGGGUUGCUGAGGGACGUGGGUGGCGCUGUGGGUUAAACCACAGAGCCAAGGACAUGCCGAUCAGAAGGUCGGUGGUUCGAAUCCCCGCGAUUGGGUGAGCUCCCGUUGCUCGGUCCCAGCUCCUGCCAACCUAGCAGUUUGAAAGCACAAAGUGCAAGUAGAUAAAUAGGUACCGCUCCAGCGGGAAGGUAAACGGCGUUUCCGUGCGCUGCUCUGGUUCACCAGAAGCGGCUUAGUCAUGCUGGCCGCAUGACCCAGAAGCUGUACACCGGCUCCCUCGGCCAGUAAAGCAAGAUGAGCGCUGCAACCCCAGUCGGCCACGACUGGACCUAAUGGUUAGGGAUCCCUUUACCUUUUAUGGGGUUGUUGUUUUUAUUUUUGCUAUGUAUUUUGUGGUUUUAUAUCUUGAUUUUAUUCUGUGAACCACCAUGAGACCUCCAGGUAUAGGGUGGUAUAUAAAUUCAAUUAAAAAAAAAUAACAAUCAACUCUUGCUUGGUGCACACAAGAGUCAGCACUGCAAAGCAGGAAAAAGAGCCCUCCAUUACUAAGGUUUCCAAUCAGACAGUAGAUACAGCAACAGUGGACAGGUGUCAGUGAUCAGAGCUGCAUAGUAUUACCGAAAGGUGCAAUGCCUUCUCCUAUACAAGAGGCCAGAUCAAAGGCGGCUAUGGAGCCUGUGUUGUUAAAAAACACAACUCCCAUCACGCACUAGCUUGGCUGGCACAGUGAUGCCGUUUGUGGCUACAUUACAAUUCUUGCACCUAGCAUGUAAUAGUCCCUGCUCUUGUUAGUGCCUUAUUUUUGGUUGGAGAAUGAAAGCUUAUGCAAUUUUAAAGAUGCAAGAUGCCAUGGCAACAACUUACAUAAGCAGCCAUGAAUCCGUGUGAGAAUCACUGACAACUAAAGAAGUCUCUGCAAAUGCUGAACACACUGUGUGUGCAUACACACACACACAGUGUUCUUGCUCAUCAUUACUCUUGCUUGUCAAGGCAUGAUACCGAUUUUCAUCAUGGGAAAGUAAUGGGAAGUAAUGGAGGAAAAGAGAUCAGUGUCAAAAAUAAAAACCAGCUUUCUAUAGAGGAAAUGUCUUUGCCUCCAAGGUACCAGUGUGUCACCAGAAGACUAGGUUAUCUACGCUAGUGUCACAUUUGUGACAAUGCUUUUAAGUUCCAAAUAAAUACUGUCCAGGAAGCACAGCACAGAGAAAACUCCAUGCUGUCAUUCAUAUUAAGGUUUGAUUAUCUUAGCAAACCUCAAAUGGUAUUGCAAAUUUGUACAGGGGUACUUGCAUGGACUUAUCCUGCCAACCAUCGCUGUAUCUGCCGAUAGUAUAUUCCAUAUAUAAGUCAUGCACAUUUGUUUCAAUUUGCAGGUGGUAUCUGCCCACAUUUGAUAUCCUCAGCAUUUGAAAAUCCAUUUUAAAAAUUUGAUCCCAGCUGUCAGCAAGGUAACAUUCCUAGACGCAACCAAUGUCAUAGGACACUUCACAAAUUUACGUUUUCAAAGGUUCACCGGAAAGGGAAAAAAAGACUAUGUGUGACAUACCAAACUUCCAUUUGUGUAUACAUAAAUUGUGCAGGUACAAUCAAGCAGACUGCAUGAGUUGCUGCUCCCCUGUUGUGAACGCACUUACUGACCCAUCUGAGUUUGCUGCUGUGUACUGUGUAAAACAUCUGCCAAUUAAGUGUAUUCUGAGAACUAGGGCACAGUCUAUAUAGAGAAGCACAUUAAUUUCCCUGGAGGACCCUGAAUGCGGUUUGUGGCAGCUGGUAAGGAGGACAGAGUUGUGAGAGGCCAGCAAAUUCACCCGCAUAUUCCUCCCUAGUAGCCUUACCGGCUUGGAGGCCCAGGAGUUUUGUCAGGAUUGGGAGAGAAACACUAGCAGGGCCUUAUUGCCACCCUCUUUUUCUUUUGUGCUUUUUUUUUCAACCACUGUUGCUUCCAUGGUCAAGUAGGAGGAGUUUCUUGCUGUAGAUCCUUGUGGGCAACAAUUCAUACCACUCAGGGCCAUGGGUGUAGCCAGGAUUUAUGUUGGGCAGGGGCAGAACCUCAAUUAGUUAACUAUUCUUACUGAUUUACUUGAUUUGGGGGGGCAAAUACCCCCCCCCAGCUACACCCAUGCUCAGGGCAAGAGCCUGGAUGAGAUGGAAGCUGUUCAAAAUCUACGAAGUGAGUCUGUUGGCUCAGAGUGGAGCAUUCUUUGUAUGAGAGAUGGUGGGAAGCAAGUGGAUUACCUCAGCAUCUCCACCAGAAAUGAAAAAUGGGGUGGGAAUUGUUGGUUGUUUAAUCUGUUUGAAUGUCUUCUUCUUUUUUUACCUAGGCAUUUGGUUAAACUGGAAAGUUUAAUGUUUAUCAUUAUAGCAUUGUUGCUUCCCUUAUGAAAGAACUGUUGAUUUGUUGUUUGUUGGACCUGUUUAUAUUAGAUGGUGAUGCUUUUAUUACUUUGAUCCUUAUUCUGGGGUUGAAAAUAUUCAGUGAUGAAUAGGCUAUAAAUACUGUAACUAAAUAAAGAAGCUACUUUUACUUUCUGUU